GUAGUAAUGUCUACCGGCUAAACGAGUGACAGGCUGUUUCAAUGCUGUGCAGCUCUGGUUCCCACGCUUCAAUCUCCGCACCGUGCGCCGUUACGGGAAGGACGAUUUUCAAAAGGUCACCAUCUCCGUCUUCCUGCUCUGAUGUCGCAAUACAAGUCUGCAAUUCGCGCUCAGCCGCCCUCAGAUCAGCCUGAAAACAACAAGUUCCGUGAAAAGGCUCGGCAACUCCAAGAACUUUUUCCAACUUGGUCAAACGAUGAUCUACAGUCACUCCUCAGCGAGGUUAAUGGAGACGUUCAAUUAGCAGCUACAAGGAUUAGCGAUGGCCACGCAGAGCAGUGGGGCUCAGUCACCCGGAAAAAGGAAAAGAAACCAAUUCCAGCUCCCAGUCAUGCAGCGAAAGAGUCGGUUUCUGCGAGGGGUGAUUUCCGUGGGGGCAGGGGCGGUCGUGGAGGACGAGGUGGUCUGCCUGGACGUGGCGGAGGCUCUCGUGGUCGCGGUGGUCCUCCCAGAGGAGGCGCCGCCACUAAUGGUCAUGUUGCUGUAACUCAUCAUGGCUCACCUUCGCCAGCGACCUCGACUUCGAUGGCUACCGACCAACACGACGCGUCGUCGGCACCCAGCGACGCCGCGCCUUCAGCAUGGGUCGACUCAUCUGAUAUGUCCGGCGUUUCUGCAGGUGUCUCUACGCCUGGCUCAGCCUGGACUGGCGCUAGCACCACGUCGACGUGGGGCGGUGAUACUGACGUCAACGGCUCAGUGUCGUCGGUUAAUCCCAGUCCAGCCCCAUCAAAACCUUCUAAAAUACCCGCGACUUCGAAACUUUCAUGGGCUCAAGUCGCACGGCCUCAAGAGAAGUCGACUCUACCACCAGCUCCUGUGACUGCUCCUCCUGCCCCUGUGGCACCCUCACCUUCCAUCCAGGCAAAUCCCCCAUUGCCUCCACCUCCCGUCCCUGAACCUGAACCAGAUGCUCAGCAUCUCGGAUGGGAAGAACCGACAACAGUUCAGGCGCCUUCCUGGGAUGAUGAGCCGCCCGUGAAGCAACUCGCAGAACCAUGGCCACCAGCUGAGACAAAAACCGAACAGGAAACCCCGGCUCCCGCCGAUGAACCUGCGCUGAUUCAGGCGCCAGAGCCAGUGAUCGAAAAAGUACCAGAGCCAGAGCCCAUACCUUCACCUAUACCUCCCAAAGCAGCAGCUACCCCCGUCCGACCAGCGCCUGUUACACAUCGUAGCAGUGCUAAAUACAAAAGUGAUCAGCCUGUUAUCUUACCAAGCUCGUUCGGCUCCAGUGUCGAAAAGGUUGGCAUGCAAUUCGGCAGUUUGAGCCUUGGCGGAGAAAGUUUGUUCGAUCCCCUUACGCCUGAACUCGAGACACAGCCAGCACUUGAGCCUCCAUCACCACCUACCCCCCCAGCUCAACAGCCUACAAUUUCCUCUGAACCGUCUGCCGUUGCGGCACCACCGCCGACAUCUGCUUCCCUUGGGUCCGGUCUUUAUCCACAACAAUCGCUGGCCCUCCCUGUCCAAUCCUCCUCACCUAAGGUUACUAUCCCGCACACCGCCCUUCCGACGUCCGUUUCCCAGCCUACUGUUCCAACCCAAGCGGCGGCACCUCAUGUAGCUACAUCUCCUCUUCAGCCAUACACGCAACCUCAUCAGAGCACUGUAACUCAAGCGCCGCAAGUACCCCCUCAAUCCCAGCCCCUUCUACACCAACAACCCCCCCAAUCUCAUCUGCCUCAGCAGCUGCAACAGCAAUCGCUUCACCAAUACUCGCAGCAUGGUCUUCCGACCCACCUCGAGCCUCAGCAAAACCAGUCACCACCACAACCGCAGCCGUCAUCUGCUGCGGCGCACUCUGCCUACUUCAGGCAGACCGACGCGUCAACACCAUACUUCCAUGCACCCACUCCCCCAGCCCAACAAACUCAGGAUAACUACGGCUCCUUCGGCCUUGUCGGUCAAGCCCAACACCAACAAGCUUCUCACCUUGGAGGCUUUGGAGGAGGUGACUACGGUUAUGCCGAUAGUCAGAGAGGUUUCUAUGACAGUUACCAACAGACUGGCUUCGGAGGCCGUAACGUCUUGGGCAGCCAUGAAGAUAUCAAAAGCUUGCCGGGCACUCAGCAGCAACCUUCAUCGACGGCAGGCGGACUGCCGCCUUCCAAUGCUCAGACAUCGCAGCAACACCCAUCUUCACAGGGCUCUGGCCAGCCUCAGAAUCAAGGUCCUUACCCUCCACCCCCCGUCCCAUACUACUUCAACCCUUACACCCAGAAUCAGUACUAUGGCACUCCAUACAAUAAUGCGUAUGGCGUCCCUCAGCCCUUUGUCAAAUACCCGACAAUGUACCAACCUCCAGGUCCCGGUUCCGCUCCGAGUCCUGUGACGAAGCAGCCUGGUCCUGGUGGUAAUGUCGGCGUGCAGCCCCAGAGCAAUCCAUAUGGACAGACUCUGUACCAGCAAACUGCGGGCUACGAUGACUAUUCGCAUCAGCAGCACAGUCUCGGCGGCGACUAUGGAAAGCAACUGUACGGCGGUGGUGCCGGACAAGGAUUUAUGGGAAGCGGUGCUGGAGGGGCAUCUGCCCGUGGAGCAGGAUCCCCCGAGAACGCAUAUAAGCCAUAUGCUCCUAAGGAUGUCGGUGUCGGUUCUGCCCGAGGUGGCGUCCAGCAGCAACAACAAGGACAGCAGCAGGGACAAGGACAGGGACAGGCUGGACAGGGCGGUCCACAGGGUCAAGGGUUCUACGGUGGUGUCAGGUUUGGCGGAGGUGUCAGUGCUGGCGUUGGUGGGCCUCAACAGAGCGCCCAUCAUCAGCAGGGCGGGCCUCAAGGGCAUUUGUACCCCCAGCAAGGUCAGAACGAUGCGAGCUUCUACUAUCAGGGCCAGGGUCGGUACUGGCAGUAAGUGAUUAGCGUAUUGCUCAUCCUCGCUUUAUUUGUGUCUUUUUUUCUUUUUGUUUUCACUGUGUCUUCAUCGUAGCAUACAUCUCAUCUCAGUUUCACUCACUAUUUCGUUCUAAGCAUUUGUCCUUUAUCACAUAUCGCUGCAAGCAAUUCAGUGUUCUAUCCCUCUAAGAGGCG